CUUUACUUGCCAACGUUACUUUUAGAAACGCAACCAGAUUCAAGGGUAGACCUUCUUCAUGUCAAUUGAGAUACAAAAAAGAAUAUAAAUCAAAAUCAAAAUCGACGUAUCAUAUAUCAAUAAGGUAGUUAUUAUUAAUUAUAUUACACAUGAAACAGGCUUAAAGUCAAAUGAAUAGAGAGAAGAAACAAAGAAUUGUUGUAAAUUCUCAAUAGCCAUAACAAUGGGACCCUCUUGAUAAAAUGGAAUCUGCCGGGAUUUUCCCUUUCAACAAAGCGCGCGUCGACUCGAAUGUUGUUUCAUAACGAAAAAUAUCUCGCAGGAGUUACACGUUGGACAGGUGCAUGCACAUGCACUGACUUUUUGAGGAGACCUUAAUCGAGUAUUAUGUUGCUUGGACUGGUGUGAGACCAGGAGACAGAAUUUGGAAAUACCUGAGGAUUCAUCACCCAUCAACAAUAGCAACCUUCAGGUUACAUCCCCGACUUCUUUCCAUGAUGAAGAAGGCAUCGAAAAACAACAAUAAUAUAAUUGAUACACAAAUACGGGGUGCUAUACACAGCUUCUCACAGACUGAAAUUGAGUCAUUGCGGAGGAAGUUAUUACAGUGGUAUGAUGUUAACAAGAGGGAUCUACCAUGGAGAAAUAUAAAAGGAGAAGAUACAAAUCAUAAAGCCUACGCUGUCUGGGUUUCAGAGAUUAUGUGUCAACAAACACAGGUUGCCACGGUUAUAGAUUAUUACAACAAAUGGAUGAAAAAAUGGCCAACUCUUGAAUCUCUUUCAAAAGCAUCUCUAGAGGAAGUACGAGAGGUCUGGGCAGGUCUUGGGUAUUACUCUAGAGGGCAGCGUCUCUUUGAGGGAGCCUGUAAGGUUCAGAAUGAACUAGACGGUCAGAUUCCAGGAACAGCAGAACAACUGCGGAAGGAGCUACCAGGUGUCGGCCGUUACACUGCAGGUGCGAUAGCUUCAAUAUCCUUCAGCGAGGCUACUGGCGUUGUUGAUGGCAAUGUGAUCCGAGUUCUCUCUCGAUUGAGGAUGAUUGGGGCUGAUUCAACCACUCAGAAUGUCAUGACAGCAAUAUGGGACCUUGCCAAUACCAUCGUCGAUCCAGACCGACCCGGAGACUUCAACCAGUCCAUGAUGGAGCUAGGAGCAACAGUCUGCCACCCUAAGAGCCCCCAGUGUCCCUCCUGUCCCGUCCAAUCCCACUGCAGGGCUAUACAGCAGAUGGACCAGCUGACCAGAGACUUGGCCACCAAACUGACCAAGAGCAAUGGUCAGUCCUUACCAGAAGAGAAGGGUGUCGUAGAUAUUGAAUGUGCUGCUGAUGGUUGUUCACUAUGCAUGGAUGGACCACUGGAUGCUAAUUUAGGUGUGAUGAAUUACCCUAGGAAACCAAAGAAAAAGCCAUUGAAACAGCAAGUUAUUGCUGUAUGCAUUGUGGAGAGAGAGACUAACGAUGAAGAGGAAUAUCUCAUAGUACAACGACCAGACACAGGUCUCCUGGCUGGAAUGUGGGAGUUUCCAAGUAUUGAGAUUGCAGAAGAAACCUCUCGGCAGAAGAGCAGAAACAAGAUUGAUUCCUACCUUAAGGACACCUUGAAUAUGACCUUGAAGACUGUCAAGGACAGGAAACACAUUAUUCAGUUUGUUCACAUGUUCUCCCACAUCCACCAAACCUAUGAGCUAGAAACGAUGAAGGUGGAGGAAGAGGACGAGGAGGAAGAGGAGGAGGAGGAGAAGGAGAAGGAGGAGGAGGAGGAUGUAUCUGAGAAGUCUCAAAAAUCAGAAGACGUUCCCCAUCAUCAGUGGGUUUCACGAAGUGCUUUCGAGGGUCAGGCAGUGUCUGCUGGUAUGAGGAAAGCUUUUGAUGCGUAUAAUGGCAAGACAAUUAAAAAGAAGUCUGGAAAGAAAUCUAAGAAAUCGGAAAUUGAAGAUGGGAAUGCCCCCAAGCAAAGGAAACUAGACACUUAUUUUACAAAGAAAGAAGAAAAGACAUCAAGAUGUAAAUAAAGUUUAAGCAAGAAGACACUGGAAGAAGAUAUAAGAGCAUCUGGCACCAUCCAGAUGGAUGCUAAAGACCGGAAGACUUGAAGAAGGGCCAAAAACAAAAUGAAAUGUCCAACUCAAAAAAAGUGUGGGAAAAGCAGAUGCUGAACAAUUUAUGAUGAUGGUGGUGGUGAUGAUGGUGAUGAUGAUGAUGAUGAUGAUGAUGAUGAUGGAGAUGUUGAUGAUGAUGAUGAUG